AUGGCCUGCUUUGACGGGCAGCGCGCACGGGCCGUGGCGGCCAUGAUGCUUCUUUCCUUCGGGUUGGCAAGUGCCAACCGGUUCCAAGAGGCAUGGGUGAUGAACUGCGAUCAUACAUUCCCUGAUGGAACAAGUUACGACCUCUCGCCUCUCACUCGCACAGCGGGAAGGCCAGAUUAUGUCGGAAAGGACAAGAUGGGCAACCUUUACUACAUAAACGUGUGUUCUAAUGUACAGGAGAUUCCAAAGGAGUGCAGGAUAUUGCAGAAGGACAUCCGGGCUCCCGUCUAUCAAGUUCGAAAUGAUAGUUUUUGCCAUUGGCUUGGCAUGGAAAAUAGCCAUAGCUGGGAAUACAUUGAGAAGGGAAGUCCUUACGUUGGGGUCCAGUUGACAUAUAGCAAUGGAGAGUAUUGUCAGGAAGGGAUGAAUAGACGAGUAAAGCUCCAAAUGUAUUGUGAUCAUCUGGGGAGAUUGGGUUCAGUUGGUGAUUACUACGUGACUGUCGAGUCACCAUGCACGUAUGUUGUCACCUUUCCAACUCCCUAUGGCUGUCCCAAGCCUGCAACGAUGAGCAAAGGAACAGUUUUCAUUAUCUUAUUCUUUACAGCACUUGGUGCAUACCUUGGAGGAGGGCUACUGAUUAAUGUUACCAAGUACCACAUGCCUCUGAGCAUUAACUCGCUACCACACAUCGAGUUUUGGAGAAAUCUUCCUGAACUAAUCAAGGAUGGCUUGUUGUUCGCCUAUGACGCGAUCAUGGUGAAGUUGGGUUACAGAGAGCCGAGAGAGGCUGGGGGAAGGUGA